ACGUGAAGACGAGCCGGCUCCGUACUCCGGCAGUUUCGCCGACGCAGAUAAGGCACCGCGCUAGAGCACCGUAUGUUCUCAAGUUUGCAUAUCCUGUGCUGUCAAUAACACAGUAGCGCGGCUGGGUCACGCCUGCGAGUUCAGCAGCGCUCUUCCCGAACUGCCGCGGCUGCGCCCGCCACAGUUCCCUUGUCUAAAGCAGAGCUCUCACUAUUUCACGACAAUACUUCGCGCCGAUGUGCCUCGGAAAGCAGCCGUAGCGCUCCGUGUCACAAACCGGGGCUUGUCUCUGCUCUCCCGUGCAGUGGACGCGCCCGCUCGGCGCCCGGUGUUUGUCUGGAGAGCUUUGACUCAGCCGGCGCGGAGCCGCGCUGACGCGCUGUGGUGGCGAAGACAGCAGCGCAGGCGAUAUCGCUCGGCAGUGGCUUUAAAUGAGCUGAUGUGGGCUGGGCAGAAUCCCACCGUGCCCUGUGACUGACACUUGGCGAUGCCGUCUGAGCGUGGGCAGCGAGCUGGGACUCACCUGCGCUUGAAUGACUAGCCAAAGUGAGAUGGAGGCGCCGCGCCGCUCGCGCACGGUGAGGAGGAGGCUGCUCUGGCGUCUGCGGCAGCAGUGGAAGCUCCUGGGGCUGUUCGAGAUCGACCAGGAGCACGAGUUCUACGCCCUCACCUGCAUGAUGAAGGAGGGCCUGUCUGCUGCCGUGCAGAACACCAUCGACAACCCGCCCCUGGAUGAACUUAGUGAAGAUGAUUUUAAAGUAGAAGUCACUCAGGUGCAUAAGGGCUUUAAGAUGCAGACGUUCGCAGGGCCAGUGUUUGCCAGUCUGCGCCGCUCGCUGGGGAUGUCAGAGAAGGAGUACCAGAGCUCCCUCUCCUCCGAAGGCUUCUACCUGCAGUUCAUCAGCAACUCCAAGAGCAAAGCUGAUUUCUUCCUCACGAACGACAAGAAGUUUUUCCUGAAAACGCAGAACAAGCGGGAAGCGAAGUUCCUCCUGUCCAACCUGAAGAUUUACAUGCAGCACCUGGAAAAUUACCCUCACUCGCUGCUGGUGAAGUUCCUGGGGGUCCAUAGAAUCAAAAUCCCUCAUCAGAGCAAGAAAUACUUCAUUGUGAUGCAGAGCGUGUUUUACCCUGAUGAGAGAAUAGAGGCACGGUACGAUAUAAAAGGCUGCCAGGUGAGUCGGUGGACAGACCCAGCACCCGAAGGCAGCCAGAUCAUUGUGGUUCUGAAGGACCUGAACUUUGAAGGGAAAAACAUCAAUCUGGGCCAGCAGCGCUCCUGGCUGGUGAGGCAGGUGGAGAUUGACACGGCCUUCCUGCAGCAGCUCAACGUGCUCGACUACAGCCUGCUGCUGGCCCAUCAGCCCCUGCACAAGGACGAGAAGGGCCAGAGCCUCUCCUUCGCUAACCUCAUCAUGCGCACCAAGAAGUCGUGGUCUUCAUCCUUCCUUAGAAGACUGAUUGUCAGGUCGGUGAACCCGGGCACCAGCCCCUCUCACUCGGGGGCCCCCUCGGUGCCGGGCGCGGUGGAGGAGGAUGCGACGCUGCUGGUUUCGGAGCUGGAGUGCGGCACGGACCGCUGUCAGGUCAGGGAGGUGCACCGCGACAGCCCCGACAUCCCCCUGCGGGCGUUCGACGGCGCCGCCGGCGCCCCCGGCCCCGGACUGCGGGAGCUCCAGGCCCAGAACCGCCGCCUGCUGCCCAACUUCAGAAACCCCCUCCACGUCAUCGACGGGCCCGAGCUGCGCUACUUCGUGGGCAUCAUCGACAUCUUCACCGUCUACGGCUUCAGGAAGAGGCUGGAGCACCUGUGGAAGAGGCUGCGGUACCCCGGGCAGGCCUUCUCCACGGUCAGCCCUCCCGCCUACUCCAGCCGGCUGUGCCAGUGGGUGCAGGCUCACGCCCAGUAGAGCAGCCGCGCGGCGCCCAGAGCCCCGGGCCGCCCUACCGCGCGGGCGUGCGACGCCUCAGCUGCAGAGCCGCCACCGCCGGGAGCCCAGCUCUUCCCGCGCUUCGGUUGUCUUACGAAAACAUUUUCUAUUUUGUUUAUUUGAAACACAUGUGACAUUAAUUCGGAGUUGAAGACUGGGAACCGGGACCUUGACUUUAGCACAGGCAGGGCGAUGGCUCGCUAGUACUCAGCUCUUUGGGGUUUGCUCUGUUCUGCGAUAACAGUCCCCACUGGUCUGGUGUUGGCGUUGGGUGGACGAGAUAUUGAAUCUUGCCAGCCUCACGUGUUUGAUGCCCGUCUUGCUGUGUGUCAUGGAAACCAGGCACACUCCUGUCACCCCAAGUGAGUCUCUAGCUGAGGGGCUCCCAUCCUGGCUCUGGGGACCCACACGCUUCCAGCUCUCAGUUACAAUCGGACCCUCAGCUGACUUAAUAAUAGGUUUAACUCCAGCUGGUUGAAUGUUUUCGUGUAGCAUCCCAGACAUUUGAAUGGAAAAAACUUGCAAAUAUUCAGAUCAAGCAGCUUGCUGAGCUCAGUUCAGGCUUCGACUGGGGAUUGAAAUCCAGCAGUUGUGUGGGCUUCCUUGGCCAAGACUGGAGACCCCUUGUGCAGCUGUCUGUUAUCCAGCUGUCUUAGUUAAGCCAACUUGUAUGGCGAAUACUUUCUAAGCAAUUGCUGCAAAAUUAAAAAGUUGGUGCUAAUAGAACAGGAAAAUCCACCAUGCUCUGCAUGAGUUGAAUCUUUCAGCUUCAAACAUACAGAAUUUGUCAGACUUUGCUGAUUUUCGUGGAUAUAAUAAUAAUUCCAUGAAUUUUUUUAGUGCUUUUCACCCCCAAAGGAUCCCGGAGAAAACAGCGUUCACAGCAACAAAAACGAUUUCCAAGGGGAAUCAUGGAUUCCUGAGAGUCAGCAGGCCUUGUAGAUGAUGAGAUGAGGGGUUUAGAAGGUCUUGAUGGCACAGAGAAGAACAGUCACGCUUAGAAGAGGGAUGCCACACAGUCCGAUUGCCCCAGUCUCCGUCUGGGCUGUAUUGGGCUGUAUACUGCCCUGCUGCAGGCGGGACUGUGUUCCCCUUGGUUCAGUACCACCCCACCAGGCCAGGCUCUUUUCUUCCUUGCCUCCAAGUAUUAAAAGUCUGUGUGAAGAUGUGUUCUGAAGUGAAGAUGCUGCUUUUUAAGGGAUUGAAGGUUUUGUUUGAGGGGAGCAUGAUAUUGUGUUAAGUUGUAGUAAUUAACUAUAUGCCUGUAACAUCUGUUGCAAAUUAUUCCUGGUCUAAAACAGACAGAAUCUGGCAAUAGAAAGUGGCCCUGAUGUGGCUUAAAGAAGCAGAAAAAAUAAUAUCAUGUCUCUGCUAUGGUAAAUAGUAUACAAAGUAUUGCUGUUGUAUACUUAAGUUGAAAUUUUCAACCUAAUAAUGUUUAAAUGGUAAUGUUGAUCAAGAUGCAGCAAAAUCAUGAAGUUAUCUUUCAGUUUAUACUAUGAAUGAUCUCUUUAGAAAUUAUUUUGCCAUUGCGAUGAAGAAGUGUAAGUGUAUCACUGCCCUUUGGUGCCAAGUCCCGCACAUUCUGUUGGUCUUGAACAUGGUCAUUGUGGUGAAAUUCUUCCCACGAUUUUCUUUGGUGUAAUGAAUGCAAUGCUCACUAAUGCGCACGGAGAGCACUCUCACACACAAGGGCUGAAGGUAGUGAAACUGCAUGAAUGAGCCACUGCUUAUUAGAAUUUGACACUUGGAAGUGUCUUAAUUUCCUGCAGCCUGGAACUGGCUCAGAGUGUAAAGAGAUGACAGCCUGUGCCUUUUUCUUUUGCAAAAGUCAUUCAUGGAUGUGGCAUGUGCACUGCCAGACACAAUAAUGUAACAAUAAUGAUAAUUAAAUUUUAGGUUUCAUUGUA